UUCUCGUCUUUGAGACGGGUGAGCUCGGUGCGUUCAUGGUCGACUGUGCGCUCAUCCUCCAAAGGUGAAGUUGCAACAUGUUGGUUCGCAUUUCAAAAGAAUAAAAAUAAACGUGGUUACGGUUUCCAUUUACCCCACGCGAAAAUUACGCUCCACGUCGGAGAUGUCCCGUUGGGGUGGGUUACUUUCGUAGCGAGCGGGUUUCCUUACCUGAGAUCGAGAAUGCGAUCGCCCACGACGACCACCACCCCAUUACCCCACGACGAUCAAACAACUGAAGCGAGGGAGCGGUUGAUCGUUCAGCCCGCCAAGAUGCAGAUCUUCGUCAAGACCCUGACCGGGAAGACGAUCACGCUCGAGGUCGAGAGCAGCGACACCAUCGACAACGUCAAGGCCAAGAUUCAGGACAAGGAAGGGAUCCCUCCGGACCAGCAGCGGCUCAUCUUCGCGGGGAAGCAGCUGGAGGAGGGGCGCACCCUGGCCGACUACAACAUCCAGAAGGAGUCGACGCUGCACCUGGUGCUCCGCCUCCGCGGCGGUACCAGGGGAGGCUACCUAAACGUGGAGCCCAAUCUCCUGCAGCUGGCGCUCAAGUACAACGAGAAGAAGAUGGUCUGCCGCAAGUGCUACGCUCGGCUUCCCCUGAGGUCCACCAACUGCCGUAAGAAGAAGUGCGGCCACAGCAACCAGAUCAGGCCCAAGAAGAGGUUCGUCAACAAGCUUUCCAACUGAAGAUCGAAUCGGGACGGGAGGGAUAAGCAAGAGGGGAAGGACCAUCGCUGAAUAGAUUGUUUGGUUUGGUUUAUCAAGUUGUUUUCAUGAUUUUGAAUAAAGCGGUGCUAUGUUCUAGGUGACUCAAUCAAAGAUUGUUUGGUUUGGUUUA